AUUUGACAGUUGCUACUAUAGAGAGUAGAGCGCUUGGAUUAAAUCUCAAAGCAGAACGAGAAGCUGCGAGAGAUUUCAGUUUGGUUUGAUAAUGCCAAAAACCACAACAUGGUGUCGUACGCCGCACCGUCAGCGGAAGUUCACAAACUGUGACGUCAUGAGAGUUUCUUGGCCAUUCUCGCAGCAGAUGAGCAGCAUCCUCGUCUGCAUUCAUUCAUUUGUUUGUAACGAUAAAGCCAUAGUUAUAAUUAUGUACUUACUGUAGUACUUACUGUAAUUGUACUUAAAUUUGCUUGUUCAUUUUUGUUUUGUGAUUUCUGUCAGUGAAGUACGUUACUGAUUAGAAAGACAAUAUUCAUGUCUUUUCAAAAACGGUUUUCAUUGCUACGGCAUCGGUACGAGUACAGUGAAGCGUAGAGCAGCAUAAAAAGCUUUUGUUCGGAGUUUCUCGAAAUUCAGUGACGCAAGGUUUGAACCGUUUUUCAACUCUGGUUUGGUCAUCCCAGAAGUCGAGAAACGUUAUAUAUUCACAACGGCGUAAUUGACAGCGUGAUUUGCGGGACCUAGUGGCCGGCGGAAAAGUGAAUUAUAACUUGGAGAACUACGAACUCGACGAAAGGUUAUCGACUUCGUCCCUGCAGAUGCUGGUUGCUGUGCUGUUUCGGUUGCCUUUAACGGACUGCUGGAAACAAAAUGCCACCAACUCGGCGAAAAUCUGUGACUGCAAAAGACGAUGGUGAAGGACUGUACGAAGUGAAAGCGAUUGUCGAUAAACGCAUAAUUCAGGACGAUGUGGUACAGUACCGUGUACAGUGGAAAGAUAAGAAAUUUCAGGGACGCGAUACGUGGGAAACACGAGAAAAUCUCGUGGACGGCUGCGAAAUUAUGCUCAGCAAGUUUGAAGAACGGCUACAAAAGAGACGCGAAAAAUUAACGAAACGUCAGAUUGCACAACAGUUAAAGAAAGAUCACCUCAAAACGAAGAAGCGCCAGAGGGAACAAUCUGUGACCGCCGUUCCGGUGGAAAACAGCAGCCUAUCUGAUACCCGUGCACGAAAACGUCGGGCUGCGAAGAAGGUGAUUGUUAAGGAUACCGACGGUCCUCGGAAAAUUAAUAAAGGUGACGUAGUUACAGUAAAAAGAAGCAGCCAAAACCACUAAAUCGGAUUUGUGUGGGGAUAAAAAACCUUCCAUACCCGAGCCACCCGAACCUCAAAUAUUUUGCCGUGAAGUGCCACCCGGGCCUCAAAUAUUUCGCUGUGAAAGUUGCAAAUUCUAUGCUGAUAACCAGGCAACCUUUGAGCAGCAUCUGCGCGGUACAGCACACGCUGCAAAGUCAGCGAUUGGCAAGAUGAGAUGCUCCGGGUGCCGGUUUCACAGUUCGAAUACAGAAAAAAUUAUGGCCCAUGUUACCAAACAUAAGUUUCACUACGAAGCCGGAAAGGAUUUGCAUUACCUGUUUUUCGAAAUCGCGCUUGACUGAUGAUUUGCUUUGUCGUUGAAAGCGCUAACCGGAUGGGCCUCAUGCUGAGAAUGAUUUUAAUGUUUUACUGCAGCUGCUUUCUAAUACAGAUUUUCUUAAUUUUGUUGCACAUGCUUGGUGAUGGUUUUGAAUUUUUUUGAUAAUGUCGACGCUACUCGUACUGCUGCGUAUGGAGUAGAAAAGGUGAUGUUAUUGCAGGUGGUUACUUUCGUUUACUGAUACAGUAAUUUUAUGGUUUUGGUUACAGAAUGUAUGCUUGCAUUAGAGUUGGGAUUAAUAAAGUCCAAAGCACAA